GACGUUUUAAUUUAGGCCAAUGAUGUCUCAGCAGCGGUCGAGAAAGGCCGCCGGGGCUGCCUUAGAGGCCCCCCGAGGCCGACAGUCGGUCGUCAAGGCCUCAGGCGACUCGGUUUCCUCGAACCUCCAGGCAAAGCAACCCACCGUCAGAAGUACGAGCAAAAGCAAAAUACCGAAGAGCCUGCGAUACGACUUGGAAAACGCACUCGUUGGUCUAUGCGACGUGUGGUUCGAAGAGAUCAAGCCGCACCUAGUCCGCAACAACAUAAAGGUGCACGUGCACGGAGGCGGCCCGGCGAGCGGCGACCACCGGCGGCUGCCGCCCGGCGCGCCCGGCUGCUCUCACCUCGACCCAGGUGCUGCCCCCGAUCCUUAUCAGCGGGCGUGUGUGAGCUGUGCCGACUGCUCUUCAACGCGGCCAACAGCAUCGAGAGCGCGGUGUCGCAGGCCGCCGCCGUCGGGCCGCCCGCCGGUCUCGUCGCCGGCGCAACUGCGGGCCUCCCUUCUGAAUCCGUAUCAAACCUAUGAAGCGAAGUUGCCGAAGUCAAAAACGCGGCGUACGCCCCGGCCGCAACCACCACCGCCCACCUGGCGAACGCCCCGCUUGUGUCGCACCUACAGCAUCAUAACGCCCCGCUCCAAGCCGCCGGAACGUCGCUCGCACACUGCCGACCCUCGGAAGCACCGCCACAACCAACCAAAACGUCGACCAAAGAAGAUUUUCGUAGACAAGUCAACUCAAACGCCAGCAUUACGGAGGCCGGAGAUUCUGCCUACGUGGCAAGAGGAGCCUCCUAGUGUGGCACCAGUGUGUGAUCUGUUCGGGCAGGAGCCGAGGCACAAAGCCACGACGCCGUCGUGUCUGCGAUGCCCGGCCACGACUACCUUGCACACGCAGCGAGCUCGGAAGCAGCCGGCACCCGCUUCUCCUUUGUUCCAGGAUGACCUAAUAAACAUAAUCGCCGAGAAGAACGACAAGCAACUACGGGUUCUAUUCAGGAGUCCCACUCGCUCUGACCACACGUCGACUCUCAACCUGGUGCAAACUCAGCCGGCUCGGCCCAUGGGUGCCUCGAAGAAAGUGCCCUGGAGGUAAAACGCGAACUCAUCCGUAUACAGUAUAAAGCCAGGCUAAAAUUCAACUCAUUACACUAUGUAAAAUUCAUUUUACUGUGCAUGUGGGAAACUUACUCUUUAUUGGUCAUGAUGAUAUUUUUCGAAAAUUCUGUUGGCUAUUUUUCUAAAAGAAUGUCAUGUAGCUCAAGCAUUGCAUUUCAAUAUUUAGGCCCGUAUUUACGAUACAAUACUCGAAACUCGAUGCAAUCUCUAUCAUACUCUGGUGAUAUUGAUAUCAAAGGUUUCAGGUUCAACUGAGUUUUGAGCAUCGUUGCGGAAUAUUAGCCUAUUGAAAUGAAUCAAUAGUCGAGUUCGCAAAAAUCAAUUUUAUCUUCAGAUAUCUUUUCAGAAUACGACCCAACUUGAGUAGGUAAUAAGCUAGCAUGAAUGGAUCAAACAAUUUUAAUCGAAUAGAUGAAAAUUGGAACUCGGAAACAUUUUAUUCAAAUAACUCAGAUUAUUUAGAUAAAUCCUCUUUUAUGGAAGCUCUAUCUAUAUUACGACCAUAAGUUUGUUCGACAUUUUUGAUCCAUAAAUGCUGUCAAUCCAUAAAUGGGUCGUUAUUUUGUCUUGCAUUUUAAGAGCCCUAUUCGUUACUUGUAUAAAAAUGAGGAAAUCAGUUGAUUUCUAAACCAAUUAAUAAUACAACCAAAGCAAACGUUGCUCUUAAAAUGGACGAACUCGAUACACAAUUAUAGCACAGUUUUAGUUAGUCAAUGCUUUUUCAUUUUUUACGAAAUGUUGCUGUGAUGAAUCAAAAUGAAAUGAUCUCGAACAUUCUUCCCUACUCUAAUAAUUGUACUAAAUCUUGGCCCAUUUCUGCACAGGACCACUAUUGUAUUUAUAAAAAUUUACUUUAUUUAUUUCAUACGCUUAAGUAUUAGAAUAUUCUCUCUAUAAAUAAAUUUAAUUAUACUAGUAAUGAACUUGUUUCUUUCAUUGACGCGUAGAUUACAUUUGUGUAAUUAGCAACGAUUAGCUACAAAGAGUGGCGCUAAGUCUCAUGAACCAUAUUUCAACUAAAACGUGGGAGAAUGCUCAGUGUUCUCUUGUUUGUUAUAAAUACAUUUAGAUCACGUCAUUUAGAACAAUGUCUUACGUUUCUCACACUUUUGCUUACCAUACGCUGUUUCUUGUUUCCAAGAUCUGAUUGAAACUAAAGAUGAUUUACUUACGUCUCGGUUUGAGACGCUCGAUGAAAGCGUUGAAAUCUCUCGCUGCUUAAUUGGGAAGAAUUUAUUAUUAUUGUGUUCAGGAAAAAUAAACGAGACUUCACUCACGCGACACUUUUUAAUUGGUAUACAACUUCCUUACUUCUAUUUCCUUACUUACGACUCUUUACAAAAUUACAACAGACGUAUCGACUAUAAA